CGGGAUGCCAGUGGUGGUGGCAAAAAGAGAAGCCUCAAAGAGCUCAGAGGCAAAAUUGCACUUGGGUUCUUGCCCCUUGCAUCACUCUUGCCUUGAGUGUGGGAGAACACUUCUGUUUUAACACGCUCCGGGGAAAGAAAGCCUCUGUCCCAGGGGAGGAAAGGCAUCAGACGGGGCAGAGACUGCUGCUACCUGCAGGGUGCUCCCCACCCCCCACCCCCAACCCAGGCGCCUGCUUUCGUCCCCUCCCCUCCUGCUUUCGUCCCCUGCCCCCACCUCCUUAUUGGUGCUGGUUUGCAGCGCUUGGCUCCUGCGCCUCCGCUUCGUGUUUGAAUCUGGAUCUCCCCUCCGUAUUAUGUCUGCACUCCGAAGGAAAUUUGGGGACGAUUACCAGGUAGUGACCACUUCGUCCAGCGGUUCGGGCUUGCAGCCCCAGGGGCCAGGACAGGGCCCACAGCAGCAGCUUGUACCCAAGAAGAAACGGCAGCGGUUCGUGGACAAGAACGGUCGGUGCAAUGUGCAGCACGGCAACCUGGGCAGCGAGACCAGUCGCUACCUUUCCGACCUCUUCACUACCCUGGUGGAUCUCAAGUGGCGUUGGAACCUCUUUAUCUUCAUCCUCACCUACACCGUGGCCUGGCUCUUCAUGGCGUCCAUGUGGUGGGUGAUCGCUUAUACCCGGGGCGACCUGAACAAAGCCCAUGUCGGCAACUACACUCCCUGUGUGGCCAAUGUCUAUAACUUCCCCUCUGCCUUCCUUUUCUUCAUCGAGACCGAGGCCACCAUCGGCUAUGGCUACCGCUACAUCACCGACAAGUGCCCCGAGGGCAUCAUCCUUUUCCUUUUCCAGUCCAUCCUUGGCUCCAUCGUGGACGCUUUCCUCAUCGGCUGCAUGUUCAUCAAGAUGUCCCAGCCCAAAAAGCGCGCCGAGACCCUCAUGUUUAGCGAGCAUGCGGUUAUUUCCAUGAGGGACGGAAAACUCACUCUCAUGUUCCGGGUGGGCAACCUGCGCAACAGCCACAUGGUCUCCGCGCAGAUCCGCUGCAAGCUGCUCAAAGGAUGACUUGUCAAGCUCGAACAUCAUACACCGAAGAUGAAGUUCUUUGGGGUCAUCGUUUUUUCCCUGUAAUUUCUUUAGAAGAAGGAUUCUUUAAAGUCGAUUACUCCCAGUUCCAUGCAACCUUUGAAGUCCCCACCCCUCCGUACAGUGUGAAAGAGCAGGAAGAAAUGCUUCUCAUGUCUUCCCCUUUAAUAGCACCAGCCAUAACCAACAGCAAAGAAAGACACAAUUCUGUGGAGUGCUUAGAUGGACUAGAUGACAUUAGCACAAAACUUCCAUCGAAGCUGCAGAAAAUUACGGGGAGAGAAGACUUUCCCAAAAAACUCCUGAGGAUGAGUUCUACAACUUCAGAAAAAGCCUAUAGUUUGGGUGAUUUGCCCAUGAAACUCCAACGAAUAAGUUCGGUUCCUGGCAACUCUGAAGAAAAACUGGUAUCUAAAACCACCAAGAUGUUAUCAGAUCCCAUGAGCCAGUCUGUGGCCGAUUUGCCACCGAAGCUUCAAAAGAUGGCUGGAGGACCUACCAGGAUGGAAGGGAAUCUUCCAGCCAAACUAAGAAAAAUGAACUCUGACCGCUUCACAUAGCAAAACACCCCAUUAGGCAUUAUUUCAUGUUUUGAUUUAGUUUUAGUCCAAUAUUUGGCUGAUAAGAUAAUCCUCCCCGGGAAAUCUGAGAGGUCUAUCCCAGUCUGGCAAAUUCAUCAGAGGACUCUUCAUUGAAGUGUUGUUACUGUGUUGAACAUGAGUUACAAAGGGAGGACAUCAUAAGAAAGCUAAUAGUUGGCAUGUAUUAUCACAUCAAGCAUGCAAUAAUGUGCAAAUUUUGCAUUUAGUUUUCUGGCAUGAUUUAUAUAUGGCAUAUUUAUAUUGAAUAUUCUGGAAAAAUAUAUAAAUAUAUAUUUGAAGUGGAGAUAUUCUCCCCAUAAUUUCUAAUAUAUGUAUUAAGCCAAACAUGAGUGGAUAGCUUUCAGGGCACUAAAAUAAUAUACAUGCAUACAUACAUACAUGCAUAUGCACAGACACAUACACACACAUACUCAUAUAUAUAAAACAUACCCAUACAAACAUAUAUAUCUAAUAAAAAUUGUGAUGUUUUGUUCAAAUUUGUAUUUCUCGUGCAUGUUUACUUUAUUAGACUAGGAAGGCUGCUGGCAUUGAUUAUGAAUACCAAAUAUUUUAGCCUUAAAUUAUUUGUUAUUUAAAAAUCUGAUUUAAUGUUUUCUGCUGUUGAGGUCAAGGAAUCUUUCAACUGUAUUUUAUCAUGAAAGGGUAGCAGAUUUGUGGUGUUUUUGACACCAUAGUGACAUCAUUAUUAUGCAUUUAAUUUGUAAAUUUUAGAGUGUACCAGUACAUGGCACACAUCACUGAACUUUUCUUAUGAUUUUUAGAAGUCACUAGAACUUGGGUGGGGGCGGGGUGAAUAAGAGUUAUUUAACUCAUCAAUUCUGAAACUCACUAAUAUCUAGAAGUUGGUUUUGUACUCCAAUAAAAAUAUGAGCUCUGAACAAAUGCUGAAUCAUUGGAACUGUCAGUAGCCAGGUUAUUGUGACUAUGUCAGAGUCUGUGUGAAACUGACAGGGUAAAUGGUGCCUGUGUCAAAAUGAGUUGGUUGAAAAUGUUUUCUUCUUUUUCUGGAACUUUUGUCAUCCAUAAAGACUCGUAGGUAUUUCAGGAGACAUAACAGCACAAUGAAACAGAUGAUAAAUACUUGUGCUGGAAAUGUGUACGUAUGCCUAACAGAGACUUUUAUGCUGCUCUCCUGUUUGUGGCAUUUGUUGUGAAAGGACAGAUUAUUUUCCUGGUCUGGGGAACCUAUCCCAGGUCUGUCACUCAUAAUUUAGCACAGACCUGAGAGAAAUUAAAAUCAAACGAAUUGACAAUGUUUGUACACUCAGGAUCUUUUUGAUUUUGUUUAGGUGUUGAACAAUUCUUUUACUGUUGCCUUGAAUCCCUGACAUCCAGAAUAAUUUUAGCAGUACUACCUUUCAACCCCCAACAUCUGGCUGUUAUCAAACUUGAUCAGUAGUAUAUCUUUAACACAAUGCUUUAGAAUAAAAAGGGUGGUUUUUUUUUUUUUGAAAGUGCACAAGUACUUCUUUGUGUACUAACAUAGAUUUUCCUAUACAUUUUUGACGGUAUUUAUAAUCCACCUUGGCCCGGAAUUAACCCACUUCUCAUUAAUAUAUAGAUCACUGAUGGUUGGUUUGAGCACACAGCAUUCCUAAUUGUUUAAUGAUCCUGCGAUAAUUUUAUUAGAGGCAAAUUAUUACAUCUACAGUAUAUCAUCCAUUAUAUCUUCUGGCUACCUCUGUAUCAACCAAAUUCUGUAGGUGCAAACACAUAACAGGGAAUAACUACUGGAAAAAUGGUCAACAUUAGCAUCCAUCCACUGUGAAUCGAGCAGUUGUCCUACCCCUUGAUCACCAAAUGUUCUUAUUUGCUAGACGGAGGUGAUGAUUAACAGACAGAAAAGGGGGACUAGUGGGGAAAGUAUAUUUAGCAGUGGAGGAAGCUGCAUAGAUCAUUUAGUCCAACACCUUAAAACUAUACAGAGCCAUACUAUUCUUUGGAGAGUCAUUUUAACUUGUUUUUGGUAUUGUGAAAAACCAAAAGCAAACUCUCUGAAUUUAUUCAUUUAACAAAAUUUUUGCAUGCCUUCUUUGACCUAGGCAUUGUUUUCUAGUGUAGUUCCUGGGGAUUUAGACAUGUACAAUGUAUCAGCAAGAGAGUGUAGGGAGAGAGAAUGAGAGAGAGAGGGAGAGAGGAGGGAGGGAGAGAGGGAGAGAGAGAGAGAGAGAGAGAGAGAGAGAGAGAGAGAGAGAGAGAGAGAGAGAGAGAGAGGAGGGAGGGAGAGAGGGAGAGAAAGAGAGAGAGAGAGAGAGAGAGAGAGAGAGAGAGAGAGAGAGAGAGAGAAUGAGAAUCCAGUAGUCAACAUUUCAACUAGGAGAAUGAAAACAAGGUAGCAAUGGAAAAGGGUAUAGGAUGAUAUGUAUUCAGAAAGUGAUACUUAGGGAGUUGGUUGACAUUAGGAGUGAAAACUCAAUGAUGAAAAAGAGCCAGUGUUGCCAAAAAUCAAUUCAAGUGAACAGUACACUUUUACCUUUUCCGCAUACGUGUGGGAACAGUAUGAUUUCUGCAUGUACUUGCAGUUUAACCCCUAUUUCUAGGUUGAUCAUAGGAUCCAGUCUGCCCAGGAAAAUUGAAGUUUAUACUUGUUGUACUUGUGUAAUUAUUAGUAGCCCUCUCUUUGAAUCCUAUUAUGUCCUGGUUUGGAUGAUAUAUGGUAAAGUUUUGUUGACACUAACAAAAUUAUUGACUCUAAUAUAUUUGGAAAAAAUAAAGAAUUGCUUUACUUCUC